AUGACCAUUGAAGAAGCACACGCAAUCAUAACCCAACUACAAGAGCUGGAAUUUCCCUAUGCGUUUGCCAAGGCUCGUCGUAUGGCUCUUUUGAAGGCCGGAGGCAUCCCCACCAUGUCGAAGCUAUUCGCCGUGACAGGCCAGAAUAACCGGCGAAACGCGGGUAAACGCGCCGUCGACACGGAGAUUCUUCUCCGAGAGUCGCAGUCCCAGCGGAGAGAUUCGGAUCGCUAUGCGACUGCUGUGGCGAGGAUGAAUUAUCUCCACGCGCGCUACCGCCGCGCCAACAAAAUCACCGAUGAUGAUCUCCUGCAUACACUCGGCGAUGGACUCGCUGAGAUUCUCAACGUCAUUGAGCGGGAAGAGUGCGGGGUCUCACGGACGUGGAGAUCUGUGCUCUGGGGAUAUUCCACAAGAAUCUGGUAUGAGGAGCGGGUUGCGAGGUUUACGGCUACGAAUGAUCAGUAUGUUCGUGUUUAUGUGGACUCUGCGCUUCCGCGGUUGGUGAGGCCUGUGGUGAGGCGGAUGUUGGGUGCUGGGUUGGAUGAGGUGAUGAGGUUGAGUUUGGGUCUCGAAUCCCCAGGAUAUCUCUUAUCAUUCGUGAUAAACCUCGUGCAAACCUCACGGAAACUGUUUCUGCGAUAUCUCGCCCUUCCGCGUCCGGCUUUCCGUGCCGUCAAAUUAGUGCAUGAUAUGCCGAAUCAGGAGACGAAGUUGUACAAUUUUGAGAGAAAAGUCCUGCAACCGUGGUAUAUUCGACCUACUGUCUGGUCGAAAUGGGGUCCUGGAGCAUUGCUAGUCAGGUUGUUCGGAGGCAAGGUACCUGGUUCGCGUGGAGACCGGUAUCAACCACAAGGAUACGAUCUGAUGACGAUUGGGCCGGAGCCACAAAGGGGAAGGGGAGUGGAGGAGAUGAGAAGUGAUAUUGAGGUGAUCAAGGCGAGGGGGGUAGCGAUGUGUCCGUUUUCAAAGGCCAAGUUCGAUCACCUUGGUGCAAACUGA